AUGACCCUGAGUCAAAGUGCCUUGGCCGAUUGUUCAGUAGUGGCUUCUCUCCUAUCAAUUAUAUCAUAUGAAGAGAGAACAGGAAAUGCCAUUCUAUCAAACAAUAUUCACCCGAAAUACAGUGCAUAUGGGAAAUAUAUUGUGAAGCUGUAUUUCAAUGGAACUCCUCGAAGGGUUAUCAUAGAUGAUUAUUUGCCAGUAUCAGCAGAUGGCGAAGCUCUUUUUGUUCACAGUCGGGUCACUGGGUCAAAAAUGGCGACACCACAAUGGCCCGCUCUUAUUGAAAAGGCAUAUAUGAAGGUCAUGGGAGGUUACGAUUUUCAGGGUUCACAUUCAGCAUCGGAUACCUUUGCCUUUACUGGCUGGGUGCCAGAAUAUAUCUUAUUACGGGACUACUUCCAAGAUGCACAUACAUCUCUGGAUGAUUUAUGGGAUCGGCUAUAUAAAGGCUGGAACGCACAGGAUUUAUUAAUUUGUGUUGGAAGUGGAAAACUGAGCCCGCAAGAAUCACGAUCGCUAGGUAUCGUGAGUCUACAUGAUUACGCAGUUUUGGACAUUCGAGAGAGUGAGACUGGAGAGAAACAGCUUUUAGUGAGGAAUCCCUGGGAAGUUGGCUCUGUGGUAGUUUCUGAUGAAACUAACAGCCAUACGACAACCGCUGAGACUACAGUAUUGGGUACACAAUUCUGGAUGUCAUUUCGUACUAUUUGCAGUAGGUUUGAGAGUCUAUAUCUGAACUGGAAUAUGAGCUCAUACAGCCAGUCAACACCAGAACAUUUUAUCUACAACACUCAAGCAUUCAAAGAGGUUCUUAAUGAGCCACCAGUAAACUCAUUGCUGUAUAAUCCACAAUACAGUUUAACUAAUAACAGCGCUGAACCUCUUACCGUUGUACUACACUUGGCCCGUCAUUUGGGCCCUAGCCUUGCUGCUGAAGGGCAAGAACCAUGUUUUCUGUCAAUGGCCGUCUGUAAGUCUAAUCAUCGGAUGGCUAUAGCAGACGAGUCUAAACUCAUUGUCAAGUGCCCUGCUAGGAACACUUCAUACUGCAGCUUACAAUUUACCGUGCCUCCAAGGUCUACAUAUGUAGCGAUUGUACGCUACGACACAGGCAGAAGUUCAACUCAUGGCGAGAAAAUGACUUUGAAAGCAUACACCAGUGGUAACAUUCCAAUAGUGUUAAGAAAAGCGCCUGACGAGUAUCCCUACAAAUCAGAGGCAAGCGGACAAUGGACAAAGUUACAGUCGGGUGGUAAUUGGGCACUGAAAUCGUACUGUGACAAUCCCCAGUUUAAGCUGACCAUUGGGCCAAAGAAAGGGACUGGGCCACAGACAACAAAAUUAUACCUCGAAUCUGAUACUUCGCAGCCUAUCAAUGCCACCGUUCUAUGGGGAAGAGGUAAAUACAUGCAGAUAGUCAGUGAAAAGGAUGUCAUUAAAUCAAGCGGCAAAUAUCGAACUGGCGUUUGUGGUGUAGAAAUGACAGAUCUGGAUCAAGGCGAAUACACAGUAAUUUUGUCUACUUACGAACAAGGGACAUUGGCAAAUUUUGUCCUACACGCUACAGGGAACUCAGUAGUAUCGCUCCGCAAACUCAUACCUGAAAAGGCAGGACUAUUUACUCGGAGCAUCUCAGUGAAAUGGAAUGGAUCCAGUCAAACACAGACACUUGUUUCAGUUCCAAGAAAGUCAAAAGUGCUCAUAGAACUUUCGCUUGACGCUGAUUCUGAAUGCACACCAUCCUCAGUUACUCCCGACAAAUCCGCUUCUCCGUCGUCGUACCGCCCGCACAUUCGACUCGGCGUAUACGAUCAAUACGCCGGAAUCCCUCUGGCAGACACUGGCGACUUUGAGAAUCAACCAAGGCCCCUGGUUCUCACUACAAAUUUUGAGGGCGACCGGGUCUAUCUGGUGACGGUGGAGAGAAUGGAGUGCGGUAAUGGCAAGUUCAACCUUCAGUUCCAUUCAGAGGUUCCCGUCAGUGUGACACAAUAA